UGUUGCCAGACGACAUUAGAAUUUCUGGCGGGUUGAUGCUGUUGUUAUUGAUCGCCCGUUUGUGGACAUUUUCGAACUGAAUUAGUUGUUAUGUAAUAGACAUUUUAUUCCUUCUGCAUCAUGGUGGUACCCGUGUUUCUAGUUCUUGUAUUCUGUUUUUCAACUUUAACAGAGACAGCACUGAGUCAUACUAUCAUAAAAAGAGAAGCAGAAAAAACUUCAGAGCUCCAACUUGAAAAUGAUUUAAGAAGGGUUAAGAGGCUGAAGGAUUCAGAUGCAAUGCUUCCCAGAGUAAAGCGUAUGAAAAGAGACGAAUUCUUUGAACGUGAAUUGUCAAGAAUUAAGCGCUCAAAACGAUCAUUAAAACCUGGUUUGUCACGUGUUAAACGGACAAAAAGAGCUAGUGAAGUAGUUUUACCUGAGCUGUCAAGAGCUAAGCGUUUUAAGGAUCUUGAUGUGGACUCAUUCAGGCUCACUCGUGUGAAACGAUUAAAACGGUCCCCAUAUGAAACCUUGACAGUCGCUCAUGACGAACCGAACUUGUCCAGAAUGAAACGUUCUAAAAGAUCGGUUGAAUUUGCAUUACAUGAAAAGGAUCUUUCAAGAGUAAAACGUUUUCAUGAUCCGAAUACAAUUGAACUGUCCCAAGUCAAGCGAUUGAAACGAUCUGCAAGGGUAAAACGAAUACCUCCCAACGUUCACAAAAUUAAGAGAAAUAGGAAUAAAUAUGUGAAUUAUCCUAUAGGAACACAGAAAAGGCAUUUCAAAGCAUUGCAUGGACAUUUGGAUAGAAAUGUUGAUUUGAACACCGUAAAACAGAAGUUAUCGCGACAGUCGAUUGACUUAAACCAGAAAAGGAAAAAGAACAGAGGCAUCGAAACGUUAAAACAACGACUGGAAAAGAGAACGCGUAAUAAACAUAAAAGAAGAAUGAAACAUAGGAACAUGAAAAUGAAGAAGCACCAUAUCCAAAGUCAUAGAUUGAACAAGAAAAAUAUCAAUUGAAAACAUGUGCUCAUUCUGCAGCGUUUGUGUAAAUAAAUAUAGGAGCUUGUGUCAAAAAACCUGUCUAUGUCAGUUAGGGUCAGUGUCGAAAAUGAAAGAUUCGAAAAAAAAAAACCCAAAAGAACAACAUACAGUUGAAUAGAUACACGAUGUACAUAGAUGUUAUUUACUGUAAAAUUCCGAAAAGAAACAAUUUUAGUGUAGUUUUAUGUACAAAAAGUUUUCAGUUUUUCAUUAAAAAUUUCGAA